AUGGCAAAGGGCGAAAAGGAGGAGGCGCCAAUCGAUAAACGGGUACAAUGGCUUGAGCAGCGUAUCAUUACAGCCAUCAAGGCAAAGCCAGUGGACACAAGAAAACUCAUUGACAACGAAGAGAGUCGGGCUCAAAUCAAUGAGUUUCUUGAUACGGCAGAUGCCACUCAUCUCUAUGUAUACCAGUCAUCUGGAGGAGUACUUGUUGCUCGUAUUGAGCCUCCGGAGGAACUCCGGAAGAAGGGUAUUUAUUUCACCAAAACGAAGCGUGAAAGGAUCAGCGACGAUCAGCAUAUGAAGACGAAGAUAGUUUUUGGUGACUUGUGUCCUGAUGCACUGUCUGGACUGAACUCCAUGACGCGAAACGUGUAUGCGCAGCUUAUUAAGCGUGAGAAGAAAAAUGUGAGUCAAGUUCCCGAUGUUGCUGUGGCUGAGCUGAUGGAUGACACAAAUGGCUUGUUGGCACAGAUGUUGGUAACACUGGGUCUUAGCCAAGGUAAGACACUUCUCCCGAUGCCUCCGGUGCAGUUGCCCUCCAGAGUGACUGAUGGCCCUUUUGAAGCAGAGUUUAUUUAUUGCUUGGAGAGCUCCAUCAUAGCUUGGACGGCUCAGAUUCGUACGGCGAUAGAUUCAACUCCAGAGGAGAUGACAGAAAGCAGCGCUGGCAAGGGCAUACGUCCUGGACCUUUGGACGAAAUUGCCUUCUGGAAGAGUAAGGCAGAGAAUUUGGCCAACUUGGAGGAACAGCUUUACUCUGUGAAGGCCGUAAAAAUUAUUGUCAUUCUCAAAAAGGCUGAGAGCAGUUACUACAGCUCUUUUUUUGAACUCAUAAAUGAACUGAAGGAGGCUUCUGCCGAGGCGAGGGAUAACUACCGCUUUCUCAAGCCAAUAGAACCUGAGUUUGAGGCUAUUUGUCCUUCAUUUCCCGGUCACUUGGAAUUUACGCAGCUUGCAUCAAGUGGAACUUUUAAGAGACUUUUCCACUAUUUGUAUCUCCUUUGGACGCAGUCGGGCUUUUACAACACGCCCACGCGUUUGGUUGUCCUCCUUCGUUUUAUAUGCAACGAUCUUAUUGGCCUCGCGGCGGAACAUGUGAACAUUGAAGAAUUUGCCAAAAAUAUUGAAAAGAAGGACGCAUUAACACGAUUGGGAGAAACGCUUGCUGUUUGUGGUCAGUUUAAGGCUGCAUACUUUCAUUACAAAUCCUAUUUGUCUACCAUGGCGCGUCCCUGGAAAUUUCAAAAUACGGCGUUUUUUUUCAGGUUAGAUGUGUUCCUGGAGCGUUGUCAUGAUCUUUUGGACGUUAUGGAAACCGCUGUGUUGUUUGACAAAAUGGAAAACAUUAAGGUGGGCGGCACGAAAAGUCAGAUGCUUACAAAGGAAGCUGAAGAAAUUAAAGCCGAAUUUGAUGAGGCGUACAUGAACUUUUUCGGUGUGGAGUAUGACAUGCUUGAUGUUGAUGAUCCUCGCUUUGAUACGAAUUACUCUCAGUUCCGAGCCACGAUUCGAGAGUUGGAACGACGUCUGGGUGCGAUCCUUGUGACGACCAUUGAUGAUGCCAAGGCUAUUUCAGAGGUAUUCAAGGCAGUGGAUACAUUUGAUGGUUUCACAGACCACGCGGUUGUACAGUUGGAGUGGUCUAAAAAGCAAAAGGCGGUUCUGGAGGCGUUUCACGAGGAUCUUCUUGCAGUGCAGGAGGUUUUCUACCAGGGUGAAGCCACAGGGUCCUAUCCGAACAUUCCGCCGCUCGCAGCCGCAGUUGUGAGGUGUAACGCUUUGUUGGAUCGGAUUAAUGAAUCGCACAGCCGUGUCAGUGAGCUUUCCCAUUCUCUUCUUGAAAGUGAAUUUGGCAAAGAGACAAUGGAACUGUAUGAAAAACUGCAUAAUGCCCUGCGCGACGCCAUCCGAGACAAGUACGAGGCAUGGUGCGCAGAUGUGGGCUCCAUCAGCGUUGACAAGUUGAAGCUACCUCUCCUGGAGGUUGAUCGAAACAACAAUUUGAAGGUCAAUUUUGAUCCCGCUCUUGUAAAAACUUUGCGGGAGGUGUACUACUUGGAGGUUAUGAAUUCUUUUGAGUCACGUGAUCGCCAAAAGCUUGAGGUCCCUGUAGAAGUUCAGGCGGUCUUUGAAAAACGGGAAACGUACCGUUCCCAGACAAUGAAACUUGAUUAUGUAAGUUCUACCUACAAUGGUUUCAUGAGUACUUUGCGUCAGGAAGAUGAAAAGCCUCUGAUUCAGGCAGAGUUGGACGCAUUUGAAAAAAUAAUGCAUCAGGGCAUGAAUGAAGUUUGUUGGCAAGAUGGAGAUGGGGUUGACUCUUUUAUCGAUUUGGCGCUUCAGAAGGUGGGCGCUAUUGAUCGUGUUGUGCUGACG